CAAUUUUAUACAACAAUCAGAAAAGUGGUUGAUAAAUUCUCUUCAUUGGCUCUCACAAGGCAGCGGUUACGAUAAACAACUUCCAACUGUUCCGGCACUUCAUGAGCCCCGGCUGGAGUCUGGGGUGGACAUGGGCUAAGAAGGAGAUAAUCUGGACAAUGUUGGGCGCUCAGGCCAAAGAGCAAGGAGACUGUUCCAAGUUCAAAAUAAACAUCCCACACAGCUGCAAGAGAAACCCCACCGUGGUUGACUUGCUUCCUGAAACGCCUUUCAACCAGCAGUUCGGCAACUGCUGCAAGGGCGGCGUGCUGGCAUCCUGGGGACAGGACCCCUCAGCUGCAGUGGCUGCAUUUCAGAUAACUGUUGGGCUCAGCGGGACCUCAAACAAGACGGUGAAACUGCCAAAGAAUUUCACUCUGCUUGGUCCCGGACCAGGUUACACUUGUGGCCCUGCAAAGAUUGUGCCUUCCUCACACUUCCUCUCACCUGAUGGUAGGCGAAAGGCUCAAGCUCUGAGUAAGCUUCUGAUCUCUCUUUUCCUAUGUUUUCAAAGAGUAAAUCCAUGUGGAUAGUUUCACUCUCAUGUUUAAAUUUGUUUGCAGUGACAUGGAACGUGACAUGCACUUAUUCUAAGUUUCUUGCCUCAAAGAACCCAAGCUGUUGUGUUUCCUUGUCAUCUUUCUACAGUUCUAAAAUCAUUCCUUGCCCGGCUUGUGCCUGUGGUUGCCAGAACAACAACAACACUUGCAUCAUGUAAGCUCUUUUUUGAUCCAGACUUGUGAAAUAAUCUACAGAUAGCCAUACAAAGAUCUAUGUGCAGUUCAUACGUCUGUUCCUCAAUAUGCAGGAGCAACUCAACGUUAUUACAGAAGCCGGGAAUCAAUACACCAAGGAAGGAUCUUGCACCAUUGCUACAAUGCACAAAACAUAUGUGCCCCGUACGCGUGCACUGGCACCUGAAGCUUAACUAUGAGGCUUAUUGGAGGGUCAAGAUUGCCAUAACCAAUUUCGACUUUCGGCGGAACUACAGCCAAUGGACACUGGUUGUUCAGCAUCCCAAUCUGAACAAUGUCACCCAAGUGUUUAGCUUCAAUUACAAGCCUCUUCUUCCCUACCAGUCCAUCAGUGAGUGCCUCCUAUAAAACCAGAAAUCUGACUCCUAAUAUAGUGAAACACAACGUUUGUGAAGUUACGACUGACAUGUGAGAAUAAUUUCACUGGUGUAUGCAGAUGACACUGGU